AACAGGCCUAAUUUGCCCUCCAUAAAAUCCCACCUAUACCCAUUGCCAUCAUUCGUGUCACCGCACGCCUCUGCGGAACAAGAAAUCAAUAUCUUAACGUAACCCUGCAGAAUCCAGAAGACGACACAAACUGGAUAAGCAAACACCGAACACGCAAAUCGUUCUGGCUUCUCUCUUCUUAUGGAGCAUUCUUUAUGUCCUUAGUACCUGGAUUUCCUGAAGUAAUUUUGUGUCAGGCAUGAAUGUUUGAUUUUUAAAUAUAAGUAGCUUGAGGUAUGGAUUUGAUAGUACAUACACAUCAUGCCCAUGAAGGGUUUUGCACAUUUCAACACUUCCAUAGAGAAAAUAUUAGAAGCAGCAGUGGUUUUGCUGGAGUUAGGGUUAGGGCUAAAGCUGAUUCAGGCAUGAAAGUCUUUCUAGGCAAUAGAAAGUUGAAACCGGGUCGGGUUUUUGCAGUUUCUGGGGUUGCAGCUUUUCGUUCCAAUGGUAAAGUUAAAAGUUUUGAUAAGUCGCCAAAUGGGCAAUUGGGAAAUGGACGCGUUCCUUCAAAUCCAUUGCAUUCUUUUCCGAAUUUGGAGGAAGAUGAGAGCAAUAAUCAUCUUCGUAAAUUGAUUAGGAAUGGGGAAUUAGAAGAAGGUUAUAGGUUUCUCGAGAGCAUGGUCUAUCGAGGGGAUAUUCCUGAUAUAAUCCCUUGUACAAGUUUAAUUCGUGGUUUUUGCAAGAUUGGAAAAACUAGGAAGGCAACUCGGGUUAUGGAGAUAGUAGAGGAUUCUGGGGCGGUUCCUGAUGUAAUCACUUAUAAUGUAUUGACUAGUGGGUAUUGUAAGGCAGGGGAGAUUGAUAAUGCCUUAAGGGUUCUGGACCGAAUGAGUGUUGCCCCUGAUGUUGUUACAUAUAAUACAAUUCUCCGUGCUUUAUGUGAUAGUGGGAAAUUGAAGCAAGCAAUGGAAGUUCUCCAUCGGCAAUUGGAAAAGGAGUGUUAUCCAGAUGUGAUCACAUAUACCAUAUUAAUUGAGGCAACUUGCAGAGAAGGUGGGGUUGGACAAGCCAUGAAGCUCUUAGAUGAGAUGCGGAGUAGGGGAUGCAAUCCAGAUGUGGUUACUUACAAUGUUCUUGUCAAUGGAAUAUGCAAGGAAGGGAGAUUGGAUGAAGCGAUCAAGUUCUUAAACAACAUGCCAUCAUAUGGAUGCCAACCUAAUGUGAUUACUCAUAAUAUUAUUUUGCGUAGCAUGUGUGGCACUGGGAGGUGGAUUGAUGCGGAGAAGCUACUGGCUGAAAUGGUUCGGAAAGGUUGUUCUCCUAGUGUUGUUACUUUCAAUAUAUUGAUUAAUUUCUUGUGCCGUAAGGGCUUGUUAGGUCGAGCAAUUGACAUAUUGGAGAAGAUGCAUAGGCAUGGAUGCACUCCAAAUUCUCUAAGUUACAACCCAUUGCUACAUGGUUUCUGUAAAGAAAAGAAGAUGGAAAGGGCAAUUGAGUAUCUGGAGAAAAUGGUCUCUAGAGGUUGUUAUCCAGAUAUUGUGACCUACAACACUUUGCUCACAGCCCUAUGCAAAGAUGGAAAGGUUGAUGCUGCAGUUGAGAUACUUAAUCAGCUAAGUAGCAAAGGAUGUUCACCAGUUUUGAUCACUUACAACACUGUGAUUGAUGGGCUUUCCAAGGUGGGGAAAACAGAUCAAGCUGUGGAACUUUUGAGGGAGAUGCGAGCAAAGGGUCUUAAGCCUGAUAUAAUCACCUACUCUUCACUUAUUGGUGGGCUAAGCAGAGAAGGUAAGGUUGAUGAAGCAAUUAAAUUCUUUCACGAUUUGGAAGGUUUGGGGGUUAAACCCAAUGCUAUCACCUACAAUGCUAUCAUGUUGGGACUUUGUAAGGCUCGACAAACUUACUGUGCAAUUGACUUCUUGGCUUAUAUGGUAUCAAGGGGAUGUAAACCCACUGAAGUUUCUUACACCAUACUCAUUGAAGGCAUAGCUUAUGAAGGUUUAGCCAAGGAGGCUUUGGAGUUAUUGAAUGAGCUGUGCUUAAGAGGAGUUGUGAAGAAAAGUUCAGCAGAACAGGUGACAGUAAGGAUGUAGCUUACUGUGUCAUCUUUUCCUUACAGAUGCUGGUCUCUGGUAACUUAUUCCCUUGGAUUGUUAGCCAGGCUUUUCUGGCAUAAUUGAUUUUGUAAGAGCCUUGCCUUAAUUUUUCCUGAUCUUUGUUUUUAACUGUUCACAAUGAGCAAAAUCCAAGUUCAGUUUUGGUAGGUUGUCUGUGGUUCUUAUAUUGGGUAAACUUAUCUCUGAUGACAUUCACAUGAGGCUACCUCUUCUGGUUUUAGUUAUAAUACUCAUCCAAGUUUGCUUUCUUCUA